AUGCUCAAUUCGACACAUAGAACCCUCCCGCCUUUACCUCCAGGAUGGUCUGAGCACCGCGCACCCACUGGCCAUUUAUACUACUAUAAUGCCGCUACAAAGAAAUCUACAUACACCAGGCCUCACUUAAGUGCACCUGAGGCUACAACACCUGCACCGCCUGUGCCACCUCCUCUCCAGGCUCAGUCCUACAAUCCCGAAACCCUUCCAACGUAUUCCUCCGCGCCGUACGGACCUGCAGGCUAUGGACAUGGCGAUUGGCAAUCAGGAUACGAACAGCGUGGAGCCCAUACCCAAGGUGCGGGACGUGGACGAGGUGGUUUCCGUGGUGGAAAAGGCUAUCAAGAUCGUGGCCGACGUGAACCUCAGGACCGGCCAAAAUCUAAGCACACCAUUCCGGACUGCGCCCCGUGGGUCCUCGUGGAAACAAAGCUUGGUCGGCGCUUCGUCCACAACACUGAAACCAAGGAGAGUUUUUGGAAGUUCCCACAGGAUGUCCUGGCAGGUGUUGUAGAAUACGAUCGCCGUGAACGUGAGAGAAAAGAGAGAAUCGAACGUGGCGAGGAACCCGAACCAGAGGGGAUCGAGAAGGCGACUGCGCCUGAGAAGCCUUCACAGAAUGCCAUUGGGGAGCAAGAAAAUCAGCAAGACGAGCCCCGUACAGGGUUGGGAGGCGAAUAUGACAGCGACGAAUAUGAAGAGGUUGAAGUCACAGACAGUGAGGGUGAGGGCGACGAGCAUCCGGCAAAGCGUGCUCGUACCGAAAGCGGAAGCCCUCACGACCAACCGGUCGAGUUCACAGAAGAAGACAUGGAAUACCAGUUGGCAGCAAUGGGCGAGGAUUACGGAUUAGAUCCUGGUGAAUACGGCGAGCCAGGAGGCGAAGAUUGGGAAGAGGCACAAGGUCUUCCUUUGACUGACGAGGAUGCGGAAUCACUAUUUCGGGAUCUUCUGGAUGACUACAAUAUCAAUCCCUUUACGACGUGGGAAAAAAUCAUUGAGGAGGGCCGCAUCAUUGAUGAUUCCAGAUACACGGCACCUUCAAACAUGAAAACUCGGCGAGAAAUUUUCUCAAAAUGGAGUAAAGAUCGGAUCAAGACAGUCCAAGAGCGCAAAGCGAAGCAAGAGAAACAGGAUCCUCGAAUCAAAUACCUGGCAUUUCUACAAGAAUAUGCUUCUCCGAAACUCUACUGGCCUGAGUUCAAACGGAAGUACCGCAAGGAGCCUGAAAUGAAGGACACCCAGCUCCAUGACCGAGAUCGCGAGAAGCUUUAUCGUGAUUAUAUUGCAAAGCUCAAGACAUCGGAGAGUAGCCGAAAAUCCGAUCUUUCUGCGCUUCUAAAGUCCACUCCCUUGCACGCUCUCAAUCGCUCCUCGAACUUGGAAGCUCUUCCACCAUCAAUAGUCACCGAUGUCCGAUAUAUUGCGCUCCCUCCAAAGACUCGCGACCCGCUAAUUGAGGCUUACAUAUCGACACUGGCUCCCCCGCCAGAAGAGCAGCUGACUCCAGAGCAACUGGAGGAGCUAAGCCGGAAACGCAGAGACCGAGAGAAGCGCGAAAGGGCACUUGCCGAACGAGAGAAGCGAGUUGAGGAGGACAGGCGGCGACAACGCGGUGAUCUCAUACGUGGCAAGAAUCUUCUCAAAGAAGGAGAGGCGGAAAUUGCAGAAGCCAUGAAGGUUAAUAAAGAUGGGUUGCGCACCCACAUGGAGCUUGACUGA